AUUUGUGCAACAAAGAUUUUCCAAAAGAUGUGUAAAAUUUAAAAAGAAGUAUUUUUUUUUUAAGCAGCAGCAGGCAGCACGCGUCAGGCUAGCGCUAAAAAGAAGUGAAGCAAACAAGCGGAAGCAGGCGCUGAAAGUAAAAAUAUAGAAAUUCUUAAAGCUAAGUAAAUUUUUUGAAAAGCGCUUGAGCGGCUUUGCAGUCGAGCAGUAGAAACGCGCGGCCUAGAGCAACAUUCCGAGGGCUCUGAUUUUGAUUUAAGAAGGAGAACAAAUUUUUGUGGUCUAAGGUGGCACUGAAAGUUUGCGCCCUCCUGCUCCAAGCUGCUCCGUGAAUUUGCUAGUGCGGCGCGCCUAAUUUUGUUUUAGCGCUUUUUGCCUACGCUGUUGCUAGAAACGUGUAAUGUAAUGAGAUACGACGUUCAAGAGUUGCUUCAUCAGUCUGCUGAGGAUCCAUUCGCUCGAUUCGCAAAUGGGAUGGCAUAUCAUCCAUUUCUGCAGCUCUCCCGACCCACUGACUUCAGCGUGUCGUCGCUGUUGACGGCCGGCACGCAACAAGCACAACAGGCUAGCACCGCUACCGCUACCGCCGCCGCUGCAGCAGCCGCAGCCGCAGCAGCCGCCGCGGCAGCUGGUGAUUUGAGCACUGGUGGCGGAGGUGGUAACGCGAAUACCGUAUUGAGUGCGGCUACCUCACCCGCACAGCCACAUCAAGCGCAUCAGCAACAGCAAUCGCCAAAUACACCCACAAGCGCUGCGGCAUUAUUGCAACAACAGCAAUUGCAAUUGCAACAGCAGCAGCAUCAUCAGCAACAACAGUUACUUUGCGGUGUUGGUCAAGCCUCACCGGUUGGUGGUCAACAGCCGCCACUGUUAUCGCCUGGCAGCAAUAAUAAUAACAACAAUAGUAGUAGCAAUAGUAUCGGCAGCAAGUCGAGUAGCAAUAGUAACAACAAUAACCGCCACACGCCCACCAACACCUCCAACACAAAUAACAACAACAACGAUCCUCAGAGCAGCAACAAUAAUUUGUCGUCGCACGCGCACGCGCACGCGCAUCCACAGCCACAGCAACAGCAACAACAACAGUCACUAGCUCAUCCAGCGUCACAUUUAACCUCGCCACAUUUGUCGCCGCAUCAGCAGGCGCCACCACCGCCACUGCCGCACGCGACGCAUCCGCACGCCCAUCCCGCACAACCGCCAGCGCCGCACCAGCAUCCGCAUCACUCGCCGGUGCCGGGCCAUCACGCUUUGGGACCACACCUGCCGCAACAGCCGUACUUUCCAGCGGCCGCGUUAGCAGCGCUCGCCGGCAGUCCAGCGGGUCCACAUCACGGUCUCUAUCCCGCCGGUCUGCGUUUCCCGCCACAUCAUCCGCACGCCCAUCAUCCGUUGGGCACACCCUACACCACCGCCGAGGACGUGGUGCUCGCAUCGGCUGUGGCGCAUCAAUUGCAUCCGGCGAUGAGACCGUUGCGUGCGCUACAACCGGAGGACGAUGGCGUCGUCGACGAUCCGAAAGUGACGCUGGAGGGCAAGGAUCUGUGGGAAAAGUUUCACAAGCUGGGCACGGAAAUGGUGAUCACCAAGAGUGGACGGCAAAUGUUUCCUCAAAUGAAAUUUCGCGUAUCGGGCCUGGACGCCAAGGCGAAAUAUAUUUUGCUCUUGGACAUAGUCGCUGCGGACGAUUACCGUUACAAGUUUCAUAAUAGCCGUUGGAUGAUCGCCGGCAAAGCGGAUCCAGAAAUGCCAAAACGCAUGUACAUCCACCCCGAUUCGCCAACAACCGGCGAACAGUGGAUGCAGAAGGUCGUCUCAUUUCACAAAUUAAAAUUGACCAACAAUAUUAGUGAUAAACAUGGAUUUGUAAGUACUACGAUACUCAAUUCAAUGCAUAAAUACCAGCCACGUUUCCAUUUGGUGCGAGCCAAUGAUAUACUCAAGCUGCCGUACUCGACAUUUCGGACGUAUGUUUUCAAGGAGACCGAAUUUAUAGCCGUUACAGCAUAUCAAAAUGAGAAGAUUACUCAAUUAAAAAUCGAUAACAAUCCCUUUGCGAAGGGCUUUCGUGAUACCGGCGCUGGCAAGCGGGAAAAGAAUUGUUACAGGCAGGCGCUCAUGUCGAAUCGCGGGUCCGAUUCGGACAAACUAAAUCCAACACAUGUUAGCAGCUCACGUGCGCCGCUGCAUUUGGGCCAUACCGGGCGACCACCGCAUCAUCUGCAUUCGCAUGCGGCGCUACACGACAAUCAGGCGGACGACGAGGAUAAGCUAUUGGACGUGGUCGGACCGCCGCAGAGUCCACUAUUGCCUUUGAGUCAUUCGUUGCAGCAGAUGCAUGCGCAUCAGCAAUCCGCCCUUGCAGCCUGGUUCAACCACUUGGCCGGUGCCGGCGAUCAUGCGAACGAAGAAGCUCUACGUCGUCGCCUACAAUCGGACGAUAUCGAACGUGAUGGCAGCGAUUCCAGCUGUUCGGAGAGUGUGGGCGGCAGCACGGGUGGCGCCUUUCGACCCACCUCCUCGGGCAGUCCGAAAGAGAGUGCCGCUGGCGGCUUGAAUGCUGCUGGCGCCUACCCAUCACCGAACAUCUCAGUGGGCCCACCGAUACACCCGUCGCCGCACUUAUUGCCUUACCUCUAUCCGCAUGGCCUCUACCCGCCACCACAUCUUGGACUGCUGCAUAAUCCGGCAGCUGCGGCGGCCGCCAUGAAUCCGGCCAGCCUCAAUCCGGGCUUGCUGUUCAAUGCGCAACUGGCGCUCGCCGCUCAACAUCCCGCCUUAUUUGGACACUACUCAGGACACACGCCCGUCUCGCCGCUGCAGGGACUCAAGGGACAUCGCUUUUCACCGUACAGCCUACCUGGCAGUUUGGGUUCUGCAUUCGAUGCUGUUACGCCUGGUUCGAAUGCGAAUCGUGGCGGACCGCCGGGUGCGGGUGAUGCCUCAGCGCUGGGGCCUGGCAGCAGCGGACCCGGUAGUAGUGUAGAAAAUGGACCACGCAGUCUAAGCUCCAGUCCACGACCACGUGCCUCAUCCAAUUCGCCACCAACGCGACCCAUUUCCAUGUCGCCGACGACGCCACCAUCGCUGUUGAAGCGUCAAAAUUCACCCUCAGAGCUGAAGAGUAUCGAGAAAAUGGUCAAUGGACUGGAAGUGCAACACAAUGGUAGCGGUGGUGGUGCUGGCGUGGGCAUGGGCAUUGGCAUCGGUGCGCUGGUGAGUGGCGCCUUGGAGGAGCUGCAACGCAAGACGCCAACACAAGUGGAUCAGUGACAUUUGUUUGAUCGAGACGAUAACGACCGUUCGUCCGUCAUCGAUCUCGACGAUGUGUGACCGCAAGAGCAGGUUUUCCUGUUACUUUAGUGGGCCUGCUGCACUGGUGGAGCCUAUGCGGUGAUUAACGCGGCGAUGAAGAAGAUAAGAAAUAUGGGCAGCUAUUACGUAUGCUAAUUGCUUAUGGUGUAACACAGCUACGAACUACUAGCACUGCUGGAGACAGACAGAGCAUGGCUCAACGCCAGCGCACAUUGUCUUGUCGUGUAUAUACAAAAAAGUACACAGCUAGUUUAAGUAGUAUGUUAAAUAUGCUUAAAUGGAUUUUUUAAUGUUUUGAAAGCAAAAAAAAUCUAUGCUCCACGCAUGAUCCACGUGAAUUAUUAGGAUUUUUUUUUAACAAAAUUGUGGCAGCAAUGCUAGUACAAAUGCGCCGUUUUAUAACCAAACUCAGCUUUAGUGAAAAAUCGGCAUUUGAAUUUAGGUUUCAAAAAAAUAUGAAAGAAUGUUUU